AUCAAAGGACGAAGAAGAAGAAGCUGUGCGCUGAUUGGCCGAAAGUUUCGCGGACUUUAUCCUCUGGGGUUCUGUUGUUUGAGCUGCGGUCAGAUCUCAUUCCAGUCAUAUCAGUGAUCGCGGCGUGAGCCUCACUUCAACCGACUUCCACCACUCUGCACGACCAGAGAAACAGCGACCAUGUCUUUGACAAACGGCCACACUGUGAGCAAAGAAACAUGGGACUCCCACAACAAGAUGAUGCUGGAGCCUCUGUCCAUCAGUGACUCUGAGGUGUUCUCAAUCAUAAAGAAAGAGAAGCACAGGCAGACGUACGGUCUGGAGCUGAUAGCGUCCGAGAACUUCGCCAGCAGAGCUGUGCUAGAGGCUUUGGGUUCCUGUAUGAACAACAAAUACUCUGAGGGGUAUCCUGGUCAGAGGUACUAUGGUGGCACGGAGCAUGUCGACGAGCUGGAGCGACUCUGUCAGAAGAGGGCGCUGGAGGCCUACUGUUUGGACUCAGAGAAAUGGGGUGUCAAUGUGCAGCCAUACUCAGGUUCACCUGCUAACUUUGCUGUCUACACGGCUGUGGUGGAGCCCCACGGCAGGAUCAUGGGGCUGGACCUUCCUGAUGGAGGUCACCUUACACACGGCUUCAUGACUGAGAAGAAAAAAAUCUCCGCAACGUCCAUCUUCUUCGAGUCCAUGCCGUAUAAGGUGAAUCCAGAAACUGGCUACAUCGACUACGACAGACUGCAAGAAAACGCUCGGCUGUUCCACCCCAAACUCAUCAUCGCAGGAACAAGCUGCUACUCCCGCAACCUUGACUACGGCCGCCUGAAGCAGAUCGCUAAUGAGAAUGGUGCAUAUCUGAUGGGAGACAUGGCUCACAUCAGUGGACUGGUGGCUGCUGGAGUCGUGCCCUCGCCAUUUGAGCACUGUGACAUUGUUUCCACGACGACACACAAGACGCUGCGUGGCUGCCGCGCUGGACUCAUCUUCUACAGGAAAGGUGUGCGAAGUGUGGACGCCAAGGGGAAGGAGACUCUGUAUAACUUGGAGUCUUUGAUCAACCAGGCUGUGUUUCCUGGACUGCAGGGAGGACCACACAAUCACGCCAUCGCAGGUGUUGCUGUCGCACUCAAACAAGCCAUGACACCAGAGUUCAAGGCCUACCAGCUGCAGGUCCUCGCUAACUGCAAAGCUAUGUCCAGCGCUCUUAUUGACCACGGCUACAAGAUUGUUACUGGCGGAUCUGACAACCACCUGAUCCUGCUGGAUCUGCGCAGCAAAGGAACUGAUGGAGGGCGAGCUGAGAAGGUUCUGGAAGCCUGUGCCAUUGCUUGUAAUAAGAACACCUGUCCAGGGGAUAAGAGUGCUCUGCGCCCGAGUGGUCUGAGGUUUGGCUCUCCAGCUCUGACCUCCAGAGGCCUGGUGGAGGAAGACUUCAAGAAGGUGGCUGGGUUCAUUAACAGAGGUAUCGAGCUGACCUUGGAGAUACAGAGAAGCCUGGAUCCCAAGGCCACUCUGAAGGAGUUUGUUCAGGCACUGUCUCAGGGAGAGAAGUUCCAGAAGCGGGUAUCAGAAAUCAGGUUGGAGGUGGAGGCCUUUGCCGGUCAGUUCCCCAUGCCUGGCCUACCUGAGCUGUAGAGGGCAGCGGGUCAGACACUGAAGGAUGCUGGACUGAUGAUUGUGACAAACACUAUUGAGCCAAAUAUAAUGGGGUGUUGUUUCAUGUGUGUAUUUGUUGUAAGUGUACACCUGUUAAAUCUGUGCUCAAAUCAAGACGCUUCCUCACGACCUCACAACAGCUCAGUCUCAGCGUGGACAGAAGGAUUUGCAGACGUCAUUGUUCUCCAGUUAUCUAAUGUUGACACUGUACUUUUAAGCUUUAAUCUUGUCACAAAUCACUGGUUCUUUUGUAUUAAAUUUAUGAUUUUCUCACACGCAGUACUCCAAAACACGAAGGAUGACUAUUGGUUUCUUACAUGGGCAUUCUCUUAUCGUAUACUGUAUACAUAAAUACAAUGUGAUAAAUUAUUGUUUGGUUCAAUUAAAGAAUCCAUAAUGAAUGAAA